AUGACACCUCGAAUUCCCAAGACAGCAGUUCGAUCUUCUUCUAUAGCCUCCUCCUUGGCCGAUUUUCUCAACACCCACCCAAGUCUUCAUCUCGGUGGCGAAAAUGGGUUUGUUCGGGAGCGGAAACAUCAUUUAGAAAUCCUUGGAUUUCACGCCUUGCCAGACAAUCAAAAAGCACCAAUCGGGGAGGUAGAAUUUGAAGGGGUGAGAGGAAUACACGGAACAAUCCCAAUCCGUUUAUUCUAUCCCCGAACGAUUGUGGAAGAUCGAAAAGAGAGAUCUGGAAAGAAAGUGGCAGCGCUGGUGUAUAUGCAUGGAGGAGGUUACACAGUUGGCUCCGUUGACGAGUUUGAGAAUGGAUUGAGACUGAUUGCCGAAGCGGCAGGUGUCAUAACUAUUGGCGUUGACUAUCGUCUUGCCCCAGAACAUCAAUUCCCAGUCCAACUAGACGAAUAUUCAGCCGCAAUAGACUGGGCCCAGGGACCCGAAGGUCUAAGACGGGGAAUUCAUUCGGAUUAUGUCUUUGGUGGCGGUGAUUCUGCAGGGGGGAACAUGACUGCCGCCCUUGCUCUGCGUCGCCAAGAUCAAGGUAUUAAGAACAUGGCGGGCCAAAUCCUCUUGUAUCCGGAGGCAAGGAUCCCCUUUGACACGCCGGCGGGCGAGGAAAACAACAGGGGUGGAAGCUUAUAUCUAGUGUGCAAUGGAAUCUUCAGUUUCGCCGACCACUAUCUUCCCAAAUUGCCGUAUGACAAAACAUACCCGCCCAGCCACCGGUAUGUCAGCCCGGGUAUGCAACGGGUCGAUGAUUUGCAGAAAGAUCUCCCUCCUGUGGCAUUAUUCACUUCUGGAUGGGACCCACUGAGGGAUGUCGGGGUCGAGUAUGGAAGCAAGCUACAAGAGGCGGGCGUGCGAGUUGAAUGGCACCAUUAUGAUAAUUUGACACACGGGUUUUUGCAGUUUGCGCCAUGGUCAAAAGAGUGCAUGAAUGCUGCAAUGAAUGUAGGGAGUGUGUUGGGAAAGUUGGCGUCUGGAUCACAAGAGUCUUAA